AUGAUCGAAACGACAAAUGUCGUGCACAAAGGUUUAAUAUUGUUUGGUUGGUUUGUUAAUAAUCAAAGAGAAGAGAGCAACACAAGCAAUAUAAUAAUGAAGUCAAAUAGCCGAGUAUAUCAAUUGAGAGAGAUCAAGUUGAAGAUGGAGGAUAAUAGUAAUCUUAGUGAUAUUGAUAGUUAUAGUAGUGAUAGUAGUAGUUAUAGUAGUGAUAGUAGUAGUGAAGAUGAAAAGAAGAAAAAGAAAAAGAUAAAGAAAAAGAUUGGUGUAAAUCAAAUAGAUUUAGAUAGUGAAUAUACAAAAGAAGAGUUAAAAGGUUGUCUAGUAUCAACAUUACGUCAAAUUUGUAAUGUUAGAAAGAUAUAUUGUCCAAGUUCAAUUAAAAAGAAAGAUGCAAUCAAUCUCAUCACAGACAACCAAGAACAAAAAAAGAAAUUAAAGCAAUUAGAGGUUGUGACCAAACAAUAUCAUGUUGGUACUGUCAAUUAUGCUCUGCCAAUCUAUCUCAUCAUCAAGAUAUUCAAGUAUAUUUGGGAUGAAUUGUUGGAUCAGAGUAUGGUGGUUGAUUUGUCGCUGCCAAAGCUGACAGAUAGACGUUCAAGGUUUAGAAUGGCACUCUACUUGGCAUCGAUCAACAAACAAUUAUUCAAUGUAGUGUCAACCUUUACAUCAUCGUUUCGUAUAACCUACAAAGACUUGAUGCAUAUGACCUCGGUCUCUUGGAAUGUCAUCAAACGACCAUCGACGGUAUCAAUGGAUCAUCAUGACUUUGACAAUAUAUUCUUUACAAAGAAUCCAAGUGUUAGAAUCACUGAAACCUUUUCAAGUGUCACUAAAUUAAAGAUCAAUUAUGGUGGUAGUGGAGGUAUCAUUCGAAAGACAUCGUUUGUACAAAUGGGAAACAUCUUGCAAGGAUUGGUUAGUUUUAAAGCUGGCAAGAUAAAGUUGGAGAAUGGACACUACCAAGUACUCGCAAGUCUCCCGACAUUGGUCAAGAUUGAUAUUAAAGAGAUUUACAAUCCAGACUCGGCUGGUGAUCUCGUCAAACUACUCAAUCAUCCAGUCGUCAAACUUAUCAUGCCAUCCAAAUAUGACUAUGGUUUGGACAGUAACCCAAUCGUAAAAGACUCUAUCGUCAAGUUUGAAGCUGCCUUUUUUAAAAAAGAGUACAAGAGUCUUAGAAAUAAACGUAAAUUAGAAAGAGAUGGUUGGAUAACGCUCCUCUCUUCAUUUGCAUCGUUGACAAUAUUAGAGAAUCGAUCUAAAAAGAAUGUUAAACAAAAUGGUGAUUUGGAUUUUGAAAUUGCUGAAAAGAUAAAGAAUCCAUUCUUUAAAUAUUAUAUAGUUAGAAUUCAAGGUUUACAUACUUCAAAUAAUAUUAUAGAAUCUUCAACCUCUCAAUCAACAAACACAACUACGAAACCAAAGAAAUUAACAAAAAAACAAAUAGCAGAAGCAGCAGCUCAACCUCUUUCUCUUCCUCCAAAUCAAUUUCAAUAUUUAAAAGAAAAGUGGAAAGGAUCAGCAGAAAGAAAGAUUUGGUAUAUUAAAUUGGAUUAA